AUGGAGGAGAAAGAGAAGACAACAGAGGAGGGUAAUAAAGGUUAUAGCUUUCUAGCUGUGUAAAAUAAUGUGAGUUUUUUCCCAGUGACCUGUAGUUUGUAGUUCAUAAGGGAUGAGGCGAAGUGAACAAAUUCUGACUUCAGUUUUUCGGACCCUUUCUGACUCUCAUAGUUCCCCCCCAACCCGAGGCAGAGGGCCCUGGAGAGAGUGAGAGCCCCUCUGAGGGAGAGGAAGAGAAGGAGGAAGUGGUGAAGAAAGACAAGGAGAUUGAGACAGAAGGUAUCUGUCAUGGUGUAGGAUUUGAUCAACUGCGUUAGUUAGUAGUUUUAUAACUCAUUGUGCUCCUUUGAAAUAGACUGGAUCCAUUAGGUACACUAGUAUUAUGAAUGAAUGAAUGAACAAACAAAAUAACAAACCAAUGAAUGAUGUGAUCCUUUGGUGCUCACAGCCCCUCCAAUGCCUGAAGUGGAGGGGACGGGUGGCACACAGGAGACCGGGAAACCUUCUGAGAAAGAGGGAGAGAAAGAGGAGGGGCGGGAGGAGGACACAGGAAAAAAGACUGAAGGUAUCUUCUGUGGAUGAGCUGUACAUGUAUAGAGCUAGUGUGUAGUACUAGUGAGUGUGUGAGUUUGUAUAGACCAGUUCAUAGAUGAGUAUUGUUCAAACGCAAACACGUUGGAGUACUGUAAAUACUUUUCCAGAAAUUACCAGUCAAUGUGUAGAGCUGUUGAUCAGUCAAAGCCUGUCGAAGUUGGAGCUUGAAACUGGGAGCAUUCAGACAGCACUAAUCAACCUGUAGAGAAAUAGAUCUCAGCUCUCUCACUCUUCCUCUGUGGUGAUCCAGAGGAAGUUCUCGAAACACCUGAGUGGGGAAGCUUGGGUCAGGAGACCUUAGAGCCCCCUGGGAGAGAGGAGGAGAAGAAGAAGUGGGAGGAGGAAGAGAGUGAAGAGGAGAGAGAGUAUGUGAAAAAGAAAGGUAGAACUUGGCUAGUGUUUAGUGUACACACCCUAUAGGAUAGGAUCCUGUAGAUUCCAUCUCUCCCAAGUAGGGUGACCACAUGUCCCGGAUUGUGUGGUAAAGUCAUUUACAUUACAUUUUUACAUUUUAGUCAUUUAGCAGACGCUCUUAUCCCCACAUUUUGGCCAUUAGUUCCGCAACCAAACAAUCAUAUCCCGCAUUUUAGCAACAAAUUCAAACACCACUAAUUUAGAAAACAGCUAGAUUUGUCUCGUAUUUCAGUCAGACAUUCCAACCUGUCUCUUGCAGUCACGUUGCACUAAUGAAAAAAUAUAUAUCUGAAGGAUGUGGUACUGGUGAUGUUAAACACUUCUCCAAUCGUUGCUGUGAUCUGAUAUUCUGCGCAGCACAAGACGAGACAUAGGCGAGACAAGACAAGACAUCGGGCUAAAUUACAGCUAAACUUGGAGAGGUCAGUUACCUAACUACUUUAAGUGUGCUUCUGACAAAGAGCUACAAAAGUAAGUAAAUAGCCUUAUUAGACUGAAAGAUAUAAGGUGAUUUCGUCAAACUUAUGAGGCUCUCCAUGCUCAUUGCUCAUUCAACAUAUUUGCUGCUACUUCACUCAAUCCCGUUUUAAAAGUCUCCCUUCCUAAUUCUUUUACGUUCCCUUAGACCAACCAGAAAUGUUUCCUUGGCCAAAUAUUCCCAGAUUUUCAUAAAACAGCCACACAUGGUCUCUCGUUUCUGCAAAAGAGUAGGCUGCAUGCGCUUCAAUUAGCUAAUUUGGUGCAGUAGGGAUGUAGUGCUGCCGGAUCCUGUGAUCGUUUAGUAAAGUUAGAUCAAAGCUGAAUCAAUGUCUUAGAAGAUCACAUAAUGAUUAAUUAGUAUUAUACAUAACGGAACCAAAUAUAAUAGCAUAGUAUAAUGAUACUGUUGCACCAAAAACACCACAGUGGUAAUUUCUGAAUAGUCCCAAAAAUAUUCUCAUGCUUUCAAAACUCAACAGCGGCCGCCACUAAAUCUAAUUUAUUUAUAAAGCCCUUUUUACAUCAGCAGAUGUCACAAAGUGCUUAUACAGAAACCCAGCCUAAAACCCCAAACAGCAAGCAAUGCAGAUGUAGAAGCACGGUGGCUAGGAAAAACUCCAUAGAAAGGCAGGAACCUAGGAAGAAACCUAGAGAGGAACCAGGCUCUGAGAGGUGGCCAGCCCUCUUCUGGCUGUGCCGGGUGGAGAUUAUAAGAUGUUCAAACGUUCAUAGAUGACCAGCAGGGUCAAAUAAUAAUCACAGUGGUUGUAGAGGGUGCAACAGGUCAGCACCUCAGGAGUAAAUGUCAGUUGGCUUUUCAUAGCCGAGCAUUCAGUGGUAGAGAGAGAGAGAGAGAGAGAGAGAGAGAGAGAGAGAGAGAGAGAGAGAGAGAGAGAGAGAGAGAGAGAGAGAGAGAGGAAAACAGCAGGUCCGGGACAAGGUAGCACUAGGCAGAAUUUGCUUGGAUUUAAGCAAAAUACAGGAAGGCUAAAUAGUUUGUUAACACCGUCUGCUCUAAUUUUCUCACAAAAAAGUAAUUGAAGAAGAUCUAAAUGCAUAUUCCCAUGAAACUGAUUGAAAUCCAAUUAUUGGCAUGCAGAUGCAGUUUGGACGUUUCACCAGUAAAAGAUGAAGAAUGCUGCCAACAUUUUGUAUUCAUGUAGGCUACUCUGUCCCACAAAAUCAUCCUGUUGUCCCGCAUUUGGGUAUUUUAAAUGUGGUCACCCUACUCCCAAGCCAUAUCCUUACUAUAACUAGAUGAUGACCAACCCAUAGAGAUAAAACUAGCUGGUUUUGAACUGUACCGAAGCAAGAUGGGCAACAAACUGUUCCUUUCCAGGACAUUGGGGCUCUAUAACAACAGCCUCUCUAUAAUUAUAGCUCUAUCGAACACCUUCUCAAUAACAUGCAGCUGCAAUAGGUAGCCCAUAGGCUACUUUGUUGUGAUCUAGCAGGGGCUGUUUGCAUGUUGCGCUGGGUUGCAGAUUCAGGUUGGAUCCAGGAAACCCUUCUAAAACAAUGAUUCCUUAAUCUCGUGAAGGGAUUCUCAAGCUCUUGAUCUCAGGAGGAGAGCCCCAGGCCAGACAGUUAUAUGGGAUCAUAGACGAUGAUUUCAAAGGUAAGACACAGAACAAUAGUAGCUAGACUGGGGAUGCCUACAGGAGACUGAAGCAUCGUCCGGCGUGGAAUCUUGUUUAGUGCGUGGACAUCAGUUGGUAGAGAGUUAGUAGAGUAGAUAGUUAGUGGAGUAGAUAGUAGAGUAGAGAGUUAGUAGAGUAGAUAGUUAGUGGAGUAGAUAGUAGAUAGUUAGUAGAGUAGAGAGUUAGUAGAGAGUUAGUAGAGUAGAUAGUUAGUGGAGUAGAGAGUUAGUUGAACAUUUGUAGAGUAGAGGUAGUAGAGAGUUAGUUGAACAUUUGUUGAGUAGAGUUAGUAGAGAGUUAGUUGAGCAGCAUUGAUGAAGAACGUUAUAUAUGGAAAUUGUCACUGUCUGCAAAAACCGUGGAAAGAUUCCUUUUCUCUGCAAGUCUUUGUUGUCUUCCUUUUGGUUGUGUCUUCUGUCUGACUCCAUCAUCCCUCAUCAUCAUGUUGGUGUUGUUUUUGCUCACAAGGUAAGCAUCUACAUGUCUUAUUCUCUGUCACUGUCUUGUAUUUACUGUCACUAUCUAAUCAUUGCUAAUCACUAUUUAUCACCAUUCAAACAGGUCCAUUUGCUCCCUGUCCAACACUUCUCCUAAUGAUAUGUGACAGAAAUAUUGUUAAUCCUUAUUUUGAAUGCCAACUAAUAUAGGCAUAUGGAACCUUCAAAAUAACAGCCUCUCCCUUGUUGCAAUCUUUUUUUUUUACAGUCUUCCAUGAAGUCCCACCUUGACUUUGCGUUCAUUUGUGGAACUAUGCCCUGUUCUCCCUCUCCCCCAUCUGUGGAGUAAUUGGGCAUUUAUAUUGAAUUUCUGAGUAACUUUUCUCACCUAACUCAUCUUUUAUCACUGAGAGUAGCAUUUUAUGUGAGUGCGUUUUAUGUGACUUCUCGCCGGUGGUUCUCCCCUCUCAAAACAGCCCAUAAAUAUUUCAAUGUCAUCAACCAAACAAUAGUAAAAUAAUUAUGUGAUGGCUGAUUAAACAGCUAAACGCCAACCUUUUAGUGUGCAUUUAAAUUUGUAUUUGCAUAAACAUGCCUGGUAAACGCCUCCUUAGAGGACAGCGAUGCCUUGCAGUGCACACACACUGCAGCCGACUUCUGAAGCUUAAUAAAACCUUAAUUAGGUACAAACCUCAGCCAAGAUAAUCGCAGGAAGGAUGUCUCUCGCUCUCUCUCUCUCUCUCUCUCUCUCUCUCUACAAAGAUGAAAGCACUCAUCAUCGAUUCAUUGACUCACAGAUCGCCCGACGUUAAGAUAUUUGAAGCGUUCCUAAAUCGUUAAUAUCCUAAACCUACCGUAACUGUUUCUUAAAACUGUUGGGGGUUCUCGAGGAGCGGAGUUGGGAAACACUGUCCUAUGUCCCAUAACACCAACUCUUCUCUCUCCCCUCCAAUGUCACUACUGUACUCUAACCAUCCCAUUACCAUUCUCUAACCAUUCUUUAACUCUUCUCUGUCCUCUCAGACUGUGAGUGCUACGGUCACUCUAACCGCUGCAGCUACAUAGACUACUUGAACAUCGUGACGUGUGUCAGCUGCAAGCACAAUACCAGAGGACAGAACUGCCAGCACUGCAGACUGGGCUACUUCAGAAACAACUCUGCCGAACUGGAUGAUGAGGACGUCUGCAUCGGUCAGUCACAGUGUGUGUGUGUGUGUGUGUGUAGGUGGGUGGUUUUUUUUUUUUUUUGGGGGGGGGGGGGGGGGGGGGGGGUAGUCGGGGGGAUGUGUGUGUUCGUUUGCUUGUUUGUGUGUGUGUGUGUGCAUUUACUGCAGAAUAAUCAUUAGGCAUUAUGUGUGUUACACAAACAAAGUGUGUAAUGUUGAUUCACCAAGACGUCAUUGAUCAACAAUACAGUUUAGAAAGAUCAGCAGUUCCAUCUCCAACCAAUACUGCGAGGAAAAAAGAACAACAAAACAGAUAAAAAACAGAUAUAAAAAACACUGACUCACUGAGAUAAGACUAUUAUUCCUCUGGAGUUGACUGUGGUGUUGAUGUAGUCCAUCUGCAGGUGAGUGGUGGGAGGCUAGAGGUGUGUAGGAGGGGAAAUGGGGGGGGGGCAGUCCUUGGAGUCAGCACAAAUGAGGCCCCAUUAGCUCGCCUGACAGGCUACUGGCACACUGAGACUAGCACCGAAUCAAUACAGAGCAGAGAGAGAGGGAAAGAGAGCACGCAGGGAGAGAGUGUGUGCGUCUUGUGCACUCAUGCACGCACACACCAAAUUAACUUACAAAUAGAUAUAUUUUCUAACAUGUCUUCAAAAUGAUGUGUAUUUUUUAUGUACUAUGAGAUAAAACUGGGUUAAUCACGAACAUAGAGUUAGAAUUCUUUGUUACUGGGCCAGGAAUUUAAUUGGGUAAUUUCACUGUGUGUGUGGGGGUAAAGAGGCAAUCUGACCUAGGGUCAAAUUGCUUGCUCUUACUUAAAUCCAUGGCUGCCUUAACUCAACAGAGACUGAAACUAGCUUGUGGCCUUUUGUUUCUCUCUUCAAACACAGUGAAGGGAGCGGCUCCAGGGUUGAAUGGAGUUUGGGCUAGACCUUUGUCUCUCCUUGGCUAUCUUCUUGAUUGAUUACAGCAUGAUGGGGUGGGGUUGGUGUAUGUUUCAAGGAUUUAGGGACCUGUCAUGUCCAACAAUCGGUCUUCAGGUUAAGCCCGGAAGAGCCGGGGUUGAACAGAGUUUAAACUAAACAUGAGUGUUUUUGCAAGACAGGGGAGUGAUUGAUUGUAGUACUAUGUGAUUCUGAACUGAAUGAAAGUCAAACUUAGCCGCCACCAUAGACAAAGGGAGUGGGCGGAGCAAUAAAAGAGCGGGAAACUGAAGAGGGAGGGAUUUUAAAGCUAGGGUGUGUGGAGGGCACUAUAUAAGAUGGAGAGAGAGUGAGAAGAAAGGCUACUCUGCAGACCAGCUUCCUUUUAUUGAAAUUCAAUAAAGUAAAUCUUGACUCAACAAAAACUCUGUAACAACUUUGAUUUUGAAUAAAGUAUAGUGAUUAAUUUCCACAACAUAAUCUCUCUCUUUUUCUAUCUUUCUCCUCUCCCCCUCCCUCCCCUCCCCCCCCAGAGUGUAACUGUAACCAGAUGGGUUCUGUCCAUGACCGGUGUAAUGGGACAGGCUUCUGCCAGUGUAAAGACGGCACUACGGGGCCCAAGUGUGACGACUGUUUCCCUGGGUACUACUGGAAACAAGGGUGUUACCUGUGA